GAACUGUCAAAAUAUCGUAUACACGUCUGCAUUAGGUUGUUUUGUUACUUUAAAAUAUGUAAUGUAAUACCAUUGAAUGAUAAGUGAAAACUAGAGGAAAUCGCAAUGAGUAAGCGCGCCGAUCCGGAUAAAUUUACAGUAACAAAAGACGCGCUACUUCCCGGUUUAUUUUUCGCACUUUUGAUACGAUGGUGCGUUGCGGCAUAUCCGUAUUCCGGUUACAAAAAACCUCCGAUGUACGGCGAUUAUGAGGCGCAGCGUCACUGGCAAGAAAUAACAGUGCAAACAGCCGCGAUUAAUUGGUAUAGAAAUACGACGCACAACGAUCUUCAAUAUUGGGGGUUAGACUAUCCCCCGUUGACGGCGUAUCACAGUUUUCUUAUGGGAUUGAUUGCUGACUGGAUAGAUCCAGAGUCUGUACGACUAUUCGCAUCUAGAGGCUACGAAAACGACAGCCAUAAAACCUUCAUGAGAUGGACUGUAUUCUUAAGUGAUUUAUAUUUCUAUGUCACAGCUGUAUUGUGCCUCUGUAUAGACGCGGAAAGAAUCAAGCCAAAGGAUGAUAAAAAUGUGUUUAAAAGAGCUGAUAUAUCUACUAUACUGUUUCUAUUGUACCCUGGUAUAAUACUUAUUGAUCAUGGGCAUUUUCAGUACAAUUGUGUGUCAUUAGGCUUAUUUUUGUGGGCGACAUUCUUCAUUGUUGCUAUAGAGAAUGACACUUUAGCGACAAUAUUCUUUGUUUUAGCUCUUAACUAUAAGCAAAUGGAACUAUACCACGCUUUUCCAUUUUUCUUUUAUUUAUUACGAAAAUGUUUUAUGGGAGUGCCAAACAGGGGUUGGAAGUUGCAUAUUCUAAGUAGAUUUAAUAAGCUUGCCAUAGCUGUUAUAUCAUGCUUCAUAAUUAUAUGGUGCCCAUUCAUAACAUCCUGGGAAAACAUGCUUCCAGUCAUCCAAAGACUGUUUCCGUUCAAAAGAGGAGUUUUUGAGGACAAAGUGUCAAAUUUCUGGUGUACAGUCAAUGUGUUCAUUAAACUUAAGAAUGUGUAUACCAACGAUGAAAUGGUCAAAAUGUGCUUCUUAACAACUUUAAUGGCAUCAAUGCCAUCAUGUUUGGAUCUAUUUUUUAGGAUAAACCGUAAAAAGUUUGUACUGUCACUUAUCAAUGUGUCGUUAGCUUUUUUCCUAUUUUCAUUUCAAGUGCAUGAGAAGACGAUUUUGCUAGCAGCAAUCCCUGUGGCGUUGCACCUCCCGAAUGAUCCGUUCAUGUGUUUUUGGUUCCUUCUAUUGUCAACUUUUAGUAUGUUGCCUUUAUUAUUAAAGGAUCAGUUAUUGGUUCCUUAUAUAGCUACAGCCCUAAUAUAUAUUUCGUUUUACAGUAUAGCUCUGAAAUUGGCUAAACCAAAUUCAUGGUUCCUAUCGUUUGUAAAUGCGAGUUGUGUUUAUAAAAUCACCAAUCUGAACACAAAAUACAAUUCUGUAUUACUGAAGUUAUUGACAACAAUAUUAUUCCUAUCGUUACAAAGCAUGUUUUGGUUGUUAUUAGGUGCGUUAUUUGUUAAACCACCUGAGAGAUAUCCAGAUCUAUUCCCUUUGCUUAUAUCGAUGUUUUCGUGUUUUCACUUUAUAUUUUUCUUUGUUUACUUCAUGUACCAGCAGAUGUCACUGCCAACCGAUCUGCCAAUUAAAGUGAAGCCAAAGAAAAACAAUUAGUUGUAUAGUGUAGCGUCAAACAUUCCAAAAUAAAAGUUUAUGCAGUA